UAUUUGUGAUUACUUAAAACACGUGUGUGUGAGCAUUCUUUUUUGUGUGAACGAGCGUGAGGCCAGGAAUUUCUUGUGGUCGAAAAAUAUAGAAAAAUAGUUUAAUCAAACAUGACGGACCUGCUACAGAUAGCCGAUGCAAUCGUUCUGGAGUACCUUCAGUCAAAGGACAAGAACCUGGCCAAGGUUUUCCAACAGAAGACGAAGGCGGCCAGCGUUGCUAAAAACACGCCGAAGCUGAGUGAGAUUCUGCAGUUUUACCAGACCAAGAGCUCCACCAAGAUCCCGGCCAUCAAGAAAGCCGCGGGGGGCAGCAGCGACGACAGCGAUUCUGAUUCUGAGGAGGAGGCGGCGCCAAAGAAGCCAACAGCUGCAUUGACAAACGGCAAGGCCGCCAAGCCCGCAGCUUCCUCUAGCAGCGGUGACAGCAGCUCCGAGGAGGAGCAGAAGCCAGUCGCAAAGGCCAAGGCGGCUCCAGCUGCCAAGAAGGCGGCCUCCAGCAGUGAGGACAGCAGUUCAGAGGAGGAACAGAAGCCAGUGGCAAAGGCAGCGCCGGCCAAGGCGGCUCCAGCUGCCAAAAAAGCAGCCUCCAGCAGUGAGGAUAGCAGUUCAGAGGAAGAAGAUAAGCCCGCUGUCAAAGCUACGCCGGCUAAAACUGCUCCCGCCACAAAGAAAGAUUCCAGCAGCGACGACAGCAGCUCUGAAGAAGAAGCUAAGCCAGCCGUGAAGCCAGCAGCCAAGGCUGCACCGGUCAAGAGGGCCGCAUCCUCGAGCGAGGAUAGCGAUUCCGAGGAUGAUGAGAAGCCCGCAGCAAAGGUUCCCGUCAAGGCAGCCCCAGCAAAGAAGGCAGCUUCUUCCAGUGAAGACAGCUCCUCGGAAGAUGAGCCACCCAAGAAGGUGGCCGCUCCAGCAAAGGCUGCUCCCGCCAAGAAGGCCGAAAGCUCCAGUGAGGACAGUUCUUCAGAGGACGAGGCUCCCAAAAAGGCAAUACCUGCAAAGGCCUCGCCUGUGAAGGCAACACCUGCCAAAAAGGCCGCUUCUUCCAGUGAGGACAGUUCCUCGGAAGAGGAGGCUCCUAAGAAAGCUGCUGCCCCGCCAAAGCCGACACAAGCCAAGAAAGCCGACACGUCCAGUGAGGACAGUGACUCGGAUGAAGAGGAAGCCACCAAGAAGCCGGUCGCUAAACCUGUCGCUAAGGCUACUCCCGCCAAGAAGGCCGACUCCGAAGAUUCUUCGGAUGACAGCGACAGCUCUGAGGACGAAAAGCCUGCGAAGGCUGCUGCUCCCAAGGCUCCGGCCAAGGCUGCCUCUUCGAGCAGCGAUGACUCUAGUGACGAUGAGACACCUGCGGUGAAGCCAGCUGUCAAGAAGACGGCUGCUCCCGCCAAGAAGGAGGAAAGCAGCAGUGACGACAGCGACUCUGGCGAGGAGUCCGGCGAGGUGAAGGCCAAUCCGGUGGCUAAUGGCGGAGCGAAGCCUGGUCAGAAGCGCAAGCUGAGUGGUGGCGACCAGGACGAGGCCACUCCCAACAAGAAGUACAACAACUUUGUUAAAUCGGGAGAACAGCAGAAUAAUGGUUUUACCUCCACACCCACCAACAAUAACGGCCGAAAUAAUCAGUUGAACAACAGCGGAGGGGGAAGUGGCAGAAGACGGUCGCCCUUCCGGCGGGUGCGCACAGAAGAUGUGCUAGUGGACUCUCGCGUUCAGGACAUGUCUUUCGAGGCGAAGAAAAACGCUGCGGGCUCUUGGGGCGAGCGGGCCAACCUUGACCUGAAGCACACGCGCGGCAAGUCCUUCAAACACGAAAAGACCAAGAAGAAGCGCGGCAGCUAUCGAGGCGGCCAAAUUGACACCGGAGUCAAUUCAAUAAAAUUUGACUAGAUUUAUACAUACAUCCUAUGAAAUAAUCAAUAUUCUAACGAAUACGUUUAGUCAGUAAGCAAGCGGAGUAACUAUGUAGAAUAGUUUCUUUAUGCAAUAAUUUCGCCAACAUGUAAAAUCUUUCCAAACUUUUGAUUGGACUCGAUAAAGUCCGCUAUUUUUAGAUCCUAAGUUUUACGUGAAGUGAUUCACUGCGAACUGGCGGUCAAUAAAACCGUGACCAAGAGAUAAUUACCUUUUUAUCCUUUUUUUCUCACCCUAUAUAACUUAUGAUUUUGCGUAUAAAACCCUUCCUUUGGCUGAUCUGUCUGGAUUACGCUGGAGGACUUUUCGCCAAAUUUGUGAACCUUUUUAGAUUGUAAUAAUUUUGUUUUCAUCGUAAUUUGUUAAUCUUAAUUUUAAAAAGGUUUACUAAAAAUCGAAAAACAAAGGAAUUGCCAGACGAAGGGUUUAUUAUUUCACCUAGUGUGUAAGACAUUUUUUAUUAGUUUGUGGUGAUAUCCAAUUUAUGGUUGCCUGUUGUAAAAUCCGUCAGAACUUCAAUAUGUAAAAGUUAAACAAACUUUAGUUCCACUUAAGUAAGAUGAAAUGAAAUACACACAUUUUUUGUAAACCUCAA